CCAAUUUUACCAUUUUAAAGAUAGCGAGCGGAAUAAAAUAUGCAAUUAGCGAAUUCAUUUAUGUAUACUAAAACGUUUAUACAUGCACGUUGCAUACAACAUUUUAAAACUAAAAAUUAUGUCAAUUUUCGGAGUUUGUAUUACCUUUUUUGGUAAUUAGGUAAAGCAAAAGAAAAAAGAAAAAAACCAACUGUCCUUCAUAUUUGUGCGAACGCAAUUAGAAAAGUACUUCAAACAGUUAAAAAAACAUUAUUUGAAUACUAAGGUUAUUAAAACUAGUAUACUUUCUUAAACUUUUUCACUAAAUUUGCAUAUUUAUAUUUAUGCUGAAUUAUUACAUUCCGGAAGCAGCCUAGGCGUCAAAGAUCGAUUUACAAUUUUAAUUCACACAGUAGAUAGGUAUAUAUAAAAUACCUGAAAAUACUUGUAAAUUAAAAAAAAAAAAAUGGCUAGCUCUUCGGAGAACGAGGAGGAAAUAAUUAAUUUGAAGGAUGCCUUCAAUCUGAGCAUUAUAAACAGGGAAAAUACCUUACUAAUUAAUAAUGGAAACGAUGACGAAUGUUUUCCGCAUGGGAUUCUGAUGGACCGGAAGAGCAUCGACCUGUUUAAUAUGGAUUUGACAAAGUACCAAAAAAGCGAAUACAGAAGAAUUUUUAAUUUGAACUCACGGCAACUUACUGACGAACCCAAAUUCACGUCUGAACCUUCGGCGAAUGAAAAAUCAUUGGAUUCUGAAGAUUUGGACAAAAAAAAAAAAAAGGAGGAUAGCACUUUAAAGCCCCGAAUUCAUACCUUUUUGAGUUUCUUUGUGCCCUUUAUAGGUUUGCUAAAAGGAGAAAAAAGAAUAAAAUAUAUCGAAAUGCAUAUGUAUAGAUGCCACUACUUGAUACGAAUAUGUGGUAGCACGUGCAAUGUGCCCAGAUGGGCAGGCUGCCUCUCCUAUUUGUUUAGUUUAAAAUAUGACGAAUCUUCGCCCAGACGUAAAUAUGCCAAUCGGGCGCUGUGUGUUGGCAGCGCCUUGAGCGUCAUUUACUCGUUUGCCAUCUGUUCCCUGUUGGGGCACUAUGUUUAUCAGUAUAACUCUGAAGACUUGUAUGGAUAUACAUAUUAGUUUGAUGUGUGUAUUUGUGAAUGCGCAUGCAAAAGUGUGUACGCACGGGGAUAAACAGACGUGUGCAUCAUUCUCGUGGAUCCCACAUUUGAAGUCCAAUAAUUCGUCGUGCAAGAACUCCCUUUUGCACUACUCAAGCGUUGCCAUUUUUUUAGUAGUUUUUUUCAUCAUGAGCAUAAGUGUAUAUCCGUUUGGGAUAGUUCCCUGCGAAGGUGCAGUUGUCAAUUUUAAUUUUGAAUAGGGUUUCAUUUCGUAAAUUCUGCUUACUCAACGUAAUGUGCCCAUGCUGCUUACUCUGCUGACUAUGCUCAUUUUGCUAUAUUUCGUUCAUUUUGCUAUGUUUGCAAUAUUGCUAUAUUUUGUUUAUUAUCCCGUCCCCUUUAUUCAUUUCAUUUUAAUUUAACUUAAUUAACCAUCAUUUAUUUCUUUUUAAUUAAUUUAUUUUACGUACAUUUU